AGUCUAGAGCCGAAUGAUUGCGUUGUUUCAGUACAGUAAACACCGACUGCUAAGCCGGUGGUGAUUUUCAGUACUGAAGAUAGAAAUCGAGCUUGGGAUAGUUUUACAAGUUGGUCAAAUGAAAGAAACUGGGAUUUGUCUAGGCAUAAAGUUAGAGAACUACUGAAGCUACCCAAGUACCAAAAUGCGGAGAAGUAAUUUUUCCCGUAGUUUACUGGGUGUUUCGCAGUUUUUAGCAAUUUUGGUUGCAAAUUGUUUGUUAGGGUCUGGACAAGUAAAUGGAAAUGAUGUGACAAAACUACCUAAAUCAACAAAGGUGAUUGAAUCAUUCCACAUCAGAUCUGACAUUCGCUAUCGUUUUGCCACUACUCAGCUUGAAAGUCUUGUAAGGAACACGGCCAAUAAUUCCCAGCAAAUAGAUUUCAGUGUCACCUUGCCGAAAGAAGCCUUCAUUGUCGACUUUUUCAUGGAAAUUGAUGGGAAAAAAUAUGAUGGUGUAGUCAAGGAGAAGUCUCAAGCUAAAACUGAUUAUAUAGGGGCAGUCAACCGCGGUGAGAGUGCUGGACUGGUCAGGCAGGCCCCUCGCCACUCCAACUUGUUUGACGUGUCAGUUAACAUUGCCGCUGGAUCAGCUGUUAACUUCACCUUGACCUACCAGGAGAGACUGAUGAGAAAGCUGGGCGUGUAUGAACAUGAGAUCUACAUGAACCCACGCCAGCCUGUCCAAGACUUUUCUGUGGAAGUUUACAUUCAAGAAAACAGGAAGUUGACAUUUGUUAAAACUCCAGCUUUGAGAAAAGAUUCCCUUGUAAAUGAGGCUACAAAUGACAUCAAUGAUCAAAAUGUGUUGGCUGUUGUUGACCAACCUACCCCUGAGUCAGCCUACAUUGUGUACAAGCCCUCCAUUGUGGCUCAAGGCAAUGAAGGUCUGGCUGCUCAUUUUGUGGUGCAGUAUGAUGUGGAGCAUAGUUCCAAAGGUGAAGUCCUGGUAGUGGAUGGUUACUUCCUCCAUUUCUUUGCACCUGAGUUACCUGCCUUACCUAAAGACAUAGUCUUUAUUCUGGAUGUCUCUGGGUCCAUGAUGGGUACCAAACUCAGCCAGCUCAAGACUGCCAUGAAGAAAAUUCUAGAAGAUCUUCAGCCUGAGGACAGGUUCAACAUCAUCAAAUUUAGCACUGACCUCACAAAGUGGAGAGACAAUCUAGUACCAGCUACUCCGGAAGCAGUUGAAAAGGCUAAACUCUUUGUUGACAAAAUGGACGCUGAUGGAUUGACCAACAUCAACAAAGCACUUCUGGGUGGUAUUAAAGAACUUCAAUCUAGCACAGACAAGAAACAGGUUGGGAUGAUAUUUUUCUUAACAGACGGGGAAGCCACUAAAGAUGAAACAAAUCCGGAAAAAAUAGCGCAAAAUGUCUUGCGGAUGAAUGAAGGGAAGAAACCCAUAUUUUGUCUUGCGUUUGGUAGCUCAGCAGACUUUAGCUCCCUGAAAGUUAUCUCAACUCAGAAUUCAGGGUUUGCUAAAAAAAUUUAUGAAGCCUCGGACGCGGCGCUGCAGGUGUCAACAUUGUAUCAGGAAAUAUCCACCGUCAUUCUAGAGAACUUAACCAUCUCGUACCUACCUAGUGAGGUGGACGUGAACACCAUCACGGAAAAUUAUUUCCCAGUUAUUUUCAACGGCACUGAGAUCUGUGUCGUCGGACGGAUGACGGACAAGAGGAAUGAAUUGAAAGUCGAGAUCCAAGGGAGACAAAAAUCAGGAGUAGUUAACCUGGUCCUAGAUUUUGACAGUGCCAGUAAUUUCAUUCUGAGCACUGAUUCAUCAAGGAAUCCAUUUUUCUCAAUGCCAAGGGAUUACUCUGGGAGUGUGGAGAAGAUGUGGGCUUACAUGACCAUCAAGAAUCUGCUCAAAGAAAAAGAGAAGGUGAUCUCGCAGGAGUUGAAGGCUAACGAACUUGACCAGAAGAUUCUUCAGCUCUCUUUACAGUACAAAUUUGUCACCCCAUUGACCUCCAUGGUUGUGACAAAACCUGACGAAGAAAAACCUGUCCAAUCAGAAGUGAUGGACUCUGACCAGACGCCACCGUACCACCAAGCCCUUAGCCAUUUGCCGCCAGUUAUGCAAGCUGCCAGUGCAAGCUUUUAUCCACAAAAUGCUUUCUUUGAUGAUCCUGAUGGCGCGAUUCAACCUGAUUUGCCACUAUCUGCCACUUACACUGCCCCGUUCAGAAAGGAUAAUUCACAUAUGAGUCAUUACCCUCGAAUGUCUUCUUUCCCCCGGGGAACUCACUUCUAUCGAAAGAGUCUUUUCCCUUACGUACCGACAACUAAUAUAACUCGGAUAGAUCACGUAGCAAACCACCAUGCAGACAGGCAACAUGAUUUAAAUUCACAAAGUUCAAGAAAAGUAUCUAACAAAAAAUUAAAAAAAAAGAUAUCAGGCCACUCAAAGAAAAACAAGCACAAAGGAGCAUUUGCACUGCCACUUUUCUUUGUUGAAGAAAACAAAUCAGUCACAUGCUUUGAGAUGGAAAAAAUCAAAACUGGAAAAUAUGAUCUUUUAGUAUUGGACCCAACCUUGAAGAUUUCAAUUGAUGCCAUCUGCAAGAAGCGCUCUUGUGAGAAGAUGAUUAUCACGGCUCAGCUAGAUGGCAACUCUGCUGAUGUAAUGCUGGACGGUAAUCCGAUGACAUCCAAUAACUCAGGAUUAAAUAUUACUGAGGAUAAGGACUCUAUUUCUGUUGAUCUUGGUACUGUUCGUUUGACCGUUAACAGUUCUAUGCUCAAAGGAGGCAACAUUUAUGAUGUGAUGAUUUAUUUAGACUCCAACCAGAAGUACACAGGGCUCUUAUCACAACCAAAGCAAUCGAAUAGAAAACAAAAAAAACCAAAAUGGAAAAAAUCCAAGGGCAUGUGUACAUUGAGACAGGGAAAUAACUCUGUGAUUAUCAACAUGAAAAAAGCUAAAGGGGGUUAACUCUCACAAACCUCUGUACAUGUGGAAAUCAAAACUGAAUGUUGCAUUCUUUUAAACUUUUAUGUUUAAAACUUCUGAGCAAUUUGUUUAAACCCUUUUGCUGUGGUUAGCGUUUACAAUAGUAAAUCAUUAAUAUUCUUUUUAUGCUUUGUUACAUCAUGAAUUUAAAAGAAGUCAGCAAAAAAACUCAACAUUACAAAAUGUAAAAUUGUGGUUUCCCAAAGUUUUCUACAGUGCACUAAAUUUCCUGUUUUCUUUGAUAAAAGUGAAAAACACUAAUCGCCUUGAUAUGCAUCCUUUUAAUUUAAGCAAGUUAACCCUAUAGUAGUUAAGGCAUGCAAUUAAACAAACAAGGCUUGAAACUUACAGUAGAAAUAGGAACCAACUAUUUUACAAAGCUUUAUGCUUUAAGGCACUUUAAGCAAUGCCACACUUGCUUUCUGGUUUUUUUAUCAGUGUUUUAAUGCUUAGAGAAUGAAGACAGCCAUAUGUAUAGUAGAUUUUUUUGUUUGUUUUACAUUGCUUGUAAAUGGCUUAAAUUAAGAAUCUGUUUAAAAAUAUGGUUUGCUUUAAAGCCAUUAUUAAACACACACAAAAAUAUGUGCCAUUUUUGGUGAAUUUUUUCCUGUGUAUUAAAGUACAAUAAAACAAAAAUACAAUUCUGAGAAUAAAGUAAACAGCUUAUUAAAAUAUUGAUAUUUAAAUAUUUGAUGUGCUGCACUUAAAAAUCUAAGCUGCAAGUCAUUUACAGCAUACUAUGUGUUUUCUUUUAUCAUAACUGUUUCAGUAUCAACAGAAAUAUUCAACACAGUUUAAAAAGAAGUUAAUUAACAGAAUUUUACUUAAAACUGUUCUUUUAUUAAACUUUUAUUUAACAAAGUACAUUGUGUAAAAAUUCACUUUUGAUUAAGUUUUGUGGUAUAAAAAUAAAAUUCAAUAUUUAUUUCAUAAACCAAAAAUAAAACCUA